GUGACCCUUUGUCAAACAACCCGACCCCCAGAAAACCACCGAAAGCAUGAGGCGUUCCCACUGAACAGCGCCCACCGCAACGGAUUCAAAUAAGUGCGCCAAGACCCAGUGCUAACUUCGUGUCUGUAAGAAAAAUGGCGUGUAUAUUGAUUAUCGCUCCCACAAACCGCCAAAAAAGUUAAGCUGGGAAGGUCAUUUAGAUUCCACAGAUCAAAAUAACAAUAUUACUAUGACAUCUGAGGAUCUGCUUCAGCCCGGACAUGUCGUGAAGGAACGAUGGAAGGUAGUCAAAAAAAUAGGCGGGGGAGGCUUCGGGGAGAUAUAUGAGGGCUUAGAUCUAAUAACCAGGGAACAGGUAGCUCUUAAAGUGGAAUCAGCAAGACAGCCGAAGCAAGUGCUGAAGAUGGAAGUCGCCGUUCUAAAAAAGCUACAAGGAAAGGAACAUAUAUGCAGAUUCAUCGGCUGCGGCAGGAACGAUAGAUUCAACUACGUGGUCAUGCAGUUGCAAGGCCGCAACCUAGCCGAAUUAAGGAGGGCGCAGCCCAGGGCUGCCUUCAGUUUGUCCACGACGCUACGGCUGGGCUUACAGAUACUUAAGGCGAUCGAGAGUAUACACUCUGUUGGCUUUUUACAUCGUGAUAUUAAACCUAGUAAUUUUUCAAUGGGUAGACUGCCAUAUAACUGUAGGAAAGUAUACAUGUUAGAUUUCGGACUCGCCAGGCAAUACACCACCGCCACUGGGGAGGUCAGGGCGCCCAGGGCAGCGGCAGGAUUCCGUGGUACCGUCCGAUACGCCAGUAUUAAUGCACAUAAAAAUAGAGAAAUGGGAAGACAUGAUGAUCUCUGGAGCCUCUUCUACAUGUUAGUAGAGUUCGUAAACGGGCAACUGCCCUGGCGGAAAGUAAAAGACAAAGAACAAGUGGGACUGAUGAAGGAGAAGUACGACCACAGGCUGCUUCUGAAACACUUGCCGUCCGACCUUAAGCAAUUCCUUGACCAUAUACAGAGUCUCGAAUAUGCCGACAAACCGGAUUAUCAGAUGCUGAUAUCGCUGUUCGAGAGGUGCAUGAAGCGCAGGGGCGUGAAAGAGACGGAUCCGUACGACUGGGAGAAACCGACGCAGACCGACAACCAGCCCGUGUCCCAGACGGUGCAGAUCCAACAGCCGACCGCUCCCACCACCCUACCGAGACACACCAAACACACGCCCACCACGGACAACAACCAGGAGAACAUCGAGCCCACUGACAACAAAGAGACACAGUUGGAUACAAGACGUCGUAUAGAAACAGAAAACACCGCCCCCCUGGUCACAGACACCCAGACCAAUGCCCCGAAACCUGCAGUGGACAAGAACUGUAACGCCACGGCUGUGGAUCAAGUGCAAGCUCGCAAACGAAGGGCUACCUCCCACCUGGACCAGCCACCCGACAGGCUGGAUAAUGAAGCCGUGGCGUCCGCCAAAUCCACAUCCGACGCCAACGUCAAACCCGCCCCCUUGCGUAAGAGCCAGUCGGGCGUUGCCACCUUGGGAAGGCUCCGCGUGGUGACCCCGGUAACUCAAGCCCAGUCGGGCAGUUUGGUAGACUCUCCCGCCACACCCGAACAAGAAAGGCCCCGCAGGAGGCAACCGUCUGCCGCAAGGAGUUCGAGGUCGGGCCUGAGGGAUCAAAGUCUCACACAAUUUGCCGUCAUCGACGAUGAGAAUGUAAGUCAGCAAGUAACACGCGGCGGGGCCCUGACAUUGGCCAGCCAGUGGAAGUCGCAGUUCGACGACAGCGAGGAGACCACCGACAACGAGUGGAAGCCCGAGAGCCCCGAACACAGGGCCACCUUGGGCGCCCCAUCGGAGACGGCGGCGGCCCUCCCGCCAAUCCUCAGCAGGAUAAGCGAGGAUUCGCGCACGAGCCACAAGAAGUACAUCAACAUUGCCGGCAUCGAGGAGUACCCCGAGCUAGUCGGCGGCCUGCCCAGGGCCUGGUCGACGCCCUGCCUGGGCCCCUGCGUGCGCUCCAGCCUGAAGCCGCCCCUGCUGCAGCAGGCGGCGUUCGACGACCUCAUCUUCAAGGUAGACGUGAUGCGAAACGUGGCCUCUAAGCACGUGCAGAGCGAGGAGGUGGACGCCGCCAAAACGCCCGCUGAACAGUCCAACAAGUGGGGCAGCCUGCCCACCCUCAACCUGGUGGACAACCAGGAGGAGGCCAGGAGCAACGGGGAGGCGGAACAGAACGGCGACGAGGGACUCCAGGAGGUCGCCGGCAAGUUGGAGAUUAGAGUAGUGCCAAAAGAACCACCCCCAGCCUCGCCCCCUACCAAAGACAACGUUCCUAGGCCACAGAGCCUGUCACCGCCCGACAGGGCGGCUCCUUUGUCUCCCAGGAACGGCCUGCUGCCCGCAGCCGACCAGGACGACGACGCCAAACAGGAGGAGGACGAAGCACAAAUCAAAGAAUCACCCCCGCCACCCAAGAAGAAGAUCGAGCGGACCAAGAGCAUUUUAAAACAGAGCAGCAAGGAGAGAAACGAACAAGGGGAGCCGCUGGCCAGCCCCAAGAGGGAACAGAUCACUUUCGCCCCAGAGGCGUUGGAGAAAUCCGACAGAGAAGUAGAGAAGGUGGUGAACGUGGUGUGGAUGGACGGAGAGGCCGACCAGGAGACGCAGUGCGACUUGAAACACGCUGGAGAGGACGACGGGAUUCCCGCGAGUGUCGAGACGGUGGAUGCUGAGACUGUUGCUACCAGCGACAAACAGACGGGUUCGGACACCGCGAUAAGGAUAAAGAAGAAACCGGAAACGGAGUCCAGCAGCACCGAGACCGACCAAAAGAUCUCUCGCGGCAAGUCCAGGGACAACAGCCUGGAGAAGAACCGGAAGCGGUUGCACCGCAAGUCUAGCCUCAACUUCGAGCCUGUGGAGUCGCUCAGCCGUAGCAAUUCGCAGAAGGCGAUCUCCAAACCGCUGGAGAUUAUAAAGAACAACUUGGGCGACUCGGACUCUAGUUCGAGUACGCCGUGCAAGCAGCAGAAUGACAAGAACGAGGAGCAAGAGGAGGGAAAGGUGACUCCCGAUAGGGGUCACCUAGACGCGGAAGGCAAGCAGAGGGUGAGGUGUUCGCCGGCCGUCGACCUCGGCACCAACCCCAACGUCACCUUUGUGUCCACUACUAGCAUUCCAGAAGUGAAAGAAAAGCGUUCGAUAGCCAAUGGCUUGAGCCCGGGCAUCGACGAGCAAUCAGAGUAUUUCGACGCCACAGAAAAUCCAACGUUAAAGGAUAAACAGCGCCAAGAACAGGACGACGAGGACAGCGGCGUCGACAACGCCAGCCAGAUCCUGAGGGAGUCGUCGACGUCGCCCGCGCUGGACGGGGGCGGCGUGGUCGGCCGCAUCUCAAAGAUCCCGGUUGCGGUGGGCGGAGGAGGAGGGGGAGCGGGCGGCCAGCGGCUGGCCAAGUGUAUGUCCUGGUCGGGGGGCGAACUGACGCCCGGCCUACGCAGGCGCCGCCAGGGUGAGAAGUACGUGACGGAUCCCAGCCAGCUCAAACUGCGCUUCAAAAGGCACUCGAGCAGCGGUCUUCGCAUCAGGGGCAUAUCGAGCUGUCUCAUUGACGCGCCCGAGAGCUCCCCCGAGUCCUCAGAGGGGCCCCCGCCACCUCCGAGUGGUGAUCCGCCCCCAGAGUCCCAAGUGCGAUGUCGGCGGUUCCGGCCGGUCACAUAGCAAAAGGAGGAGGAGGAGGAAUAAGCGGAAGUAGCAAGCGGAGGGACGGAAUCUUGAAAUUUCUGGAGUAUGUUGGAGUAUAAAGUAAAAAAAAUGCCUUUUUAGCUUGGUUUAAAACUCAAACUCGUUCUCACGCGCCGGGUUCGACGGGAGGGACGUUUCCCCUUCUUCCUAGCGUCCGCUAAGGGGGUUGUAGAUAAGCCACUUUUCGAUAAUUCUUCCGUCGAACUCGGGGUGGCGUCGCGGUCGACGUAGACAGUGACUAAUGACACACAUGUGAUUUUCCCUUAAAGUUGUAACGUUUUUAAUAUAUUUUUUAGAUGAAUUGACUUUUUAGUUAGGGGAUGGGUGAGGAUUUCUGUUUUUUUACGUGUUCGUUUUUUUUAUUGUUGACUUAAGGGCUGGGGCAGGGGCGAAGCGACGGGGCGGGUGCCUUUAAAUAGAAAAAAAAUCAAGUACACGUUAGUUCUCGGCGCUUUUGGAUGUUUGUGAUUCGCGAUUGUCGCCCGACCGGUCUGCGCCGCUCGAGUUUGCCGGAGCAUGUGGGCGUAAGAGAUAUAGAGAGAUAUUCAAAAUUCUAGUCACAAGUACCGAUUAUUUUUUUUUCAAAGUGGUACUUGCCAUAUGAUGGAGUUCUAGUCAUAGAAAAAAA